AUGGCACACUUUCGUGCCUGGAAAAGUGCUGCGGUGGAAAGGUGCCUGGAAAGGUGCUGGAACGGCACUGCACUGAUCAAGUACCUCUCGGUCUGCAAUGGAUGGGCCGUUGCUGUAACUGUCUUUUGCCUGGCGCGUCAAAAGGCGGCGAUGGUGGUGGGCGGCGCUGCCUUCCGCCACCACGGACGAGGCGAGUGGGCGCGGGGCUUCUAUGUGAAGCGGCAGCAGCAGGGGUCAGCGCAGCAGCACACACAUCUGCUCUCCUGGCAACUCCCCUUUGCAUUGCUGCUCCUCUCCACCAAUCGCCCUCACCUCCUCUUCCUCUCCGCCUUUGUGGGCGGCUUUGGCACGGUGGUGUGGAUAGGCGUGGCAGAGUAUGUGGCAGCGACGCCUGAUACCGUCGCCACCAACCACGUCGAGCACACGCUGCAGAAACCGAUCGACCAGCCGGGGGUGGAACCGAGGUCGGUGCUGGCAGGCCCACACAGUGCGCACUGGGAUGCCAACACCCCCUCUUUUCCCCUCAACCGCUCUUCCUGCCACCCCCUCUGCACGCACGCAUCUGGAUUGGACGUGAAUUGCGUCACUGGGCUGGCUCUCUUCCCUCCCGCUUCUCUGCCUUCUCUCGCCUCUCCUCACUCGUUCUCGGGCAGAACCAAGAGUGCGUCGCUCAGCGGGGGGGACGGCAGGCCAGUGGAGAGGGUGGGGCGGGCGGCGGAGAAAAUAGCGCACGCGGUGGGGGAGGCGGGGCAGGUGGCGAAGCAGGUGGUGGAGAUGUACGUGCGCCCCAACGCGCGCCCGCGCAUCCCGCUCGGAGCCCACCAUCAUCAAAUGGCUCAAGCGCUCGCCCAUCCCCCAGCAGCACACUCAACGCAAGCGUGUGCAAGGGGAGGGGAGGUGUAUGGGCGCGUGGCUGAGGUGGACGGCGCAUGGCUGACGUGGACGCGAGCGUGUCGGGAUGACGCUCGGCCGACAGUCACAGGCGUGUGGCUUCCUCCCACCCGCCUUGCUGACCUCGUGUUUGGAGGCAAGGCACGGAGGGGCAGACGAGGAGCAUACGAGGUGGAGUGGAGUGAUGGAACACUCAAGGCAAGCGCAUGCAAGGGGAGGGGAGGUGUAUGGGCGUGGCUGACUUGGACGCAAGCGUGUCGGGAUGACGCUCGGCCGGCAGUCACAGGCGUGUGGCUGCCUCCUACCCGCCCUGCUGACUACGCGCUCGGAGGCAAGGCAUGGAGGAGCAGGCGAGGAGGCGGCACUUGGGGCGAGGAGGCGGCGAGGAGGCAGCGCAGUAAUGAGGCGUCUUUCUCCCACGUGUGCUGGCUUCUCCGCUACGUCCAUGAGGAGUGGCUCACCCGAGUGGUCGACCACGUGGACGCUCUCCUUUUCACUGUCUGCAAGUCCUUCGAUUCGCCCUCUUACGCCGUUGUGAUUGAUGCAUACGCAGUGAUGGACGAUGCGGCCACACUGGCAGACAAGGUGCAGAAUUUCUGCCGUUACAUGCACCUACAACACACUGCUGCAGUUCCUGGAGCAGUGUCAUUCUCAAGUACCUUCCUGCCCUACACCCAGUUGCUGAGCCACACCCCCUUCCUGCAGGUUCAGGUGCAGCACCACUGUCUCGCGCACUCCCCCUCCCCUGGAGCCGAGUACACGCCUCCCUUUGCCUAA